AGGGGAAUAACAAAAAGGGGGAAAAUACCGAGACCUAGUUGCCGGGGCUACAACCCGCCAUGGAUAGCUGAAGACUUCUUACACCAUCUCAGCCAUGGCCCGGUAUCCGACGUACGAGGAAUAUGCCAAGGAUGGAAAGUUCCAAGAAGGCAUCAAACGCUGCGACGACCUGCUCAAGAAGAAUCCCAAGGACGUGACCCUGCUCACCACCAAACUGCAACUGAUAUGUGCCUCUCGACCGGACGAUCCCGAAGGACCUCGGAUACUCGACCAACUCGUCGCCACUCAGCCUGCUAUUCAAGACCUGAACGACCUAGUGUCGAUCGAAUUGGCCGUUGCGGACUCGUUCAGCAAUACCUACCCACCUCCGAGAACGCUAGGGCCCGUCAUCCGUAAGCUCUGGGAUAACGCAUACAAGGCCAACAGUAAUGGCCACUAUCGAUCAGAACUCCUGGCACUCCGCUACCAGAGAGCCAUCUACGACAACCGGAUAGAGGAUGUGCAACAGACACUUAUCCAGCUCAAGCAGUCUCAGCCGAAGAAUCGCGCAGUCUACAUGGCCCAUGCCGCCUACACCCAGCUUCUUUCGACUACCAAGGACGACUUGCAAUCCAAGCUCGCACUGGGACUGGCUCGGAAAGCAGUGAGCGAAAAAUUUGAUGACGAUCGGACGCUUGAUUGCAGAGUGGCAGGGCAGAUCUUUGCUCUGCAGAAGAGUGAACAGGAUCUCGAAGGUAUUCGAGAACGGCAGGCAUUCCGAGAAAGCAAGCAGGUCUAUGAUGCAUUGCAGCUACAUCGACAGCAGCAGCCCAUAACGAGCGAUUCGCGGAAUGUUUCAACCGAAUCGCCAAGAGAGUGGCUCGAGGGCAGAGCCGAGGAGAUGAAGGCCGCUUUCAAGCAGCUUCUUGAUACUGAUGCAGCUGUGGAAGGAUACGAGGCGUUUGUGGCUAAGGCAAUCCAGCUUUUACAUACCGCGACUACUACCUUGGACCUUGGUGUGCGCAAAAGGGCAGCAGCGGAGCCUUGCUAUCUCGCCAUUUCUGGACUGGUCAAGCUAUACUCGGAAUUCAAAGGCAAACAGGCCUACCUGCUCCAAGCAGCCUUUCUGGCAGAGCAGCUGCUCAAGUUCGAGCCAGAGGUACAUGAGGCUCGGCUGAUCCUAGUGUACUUGUACAUGCGACUUGGGUUAGGCAGCGAAGCGAUGCGCUUGUUUGAUUCGCUGAGCAUCAAGGAAGUCCAAUAUGAUACUGUGGGCCACACACUGUUCACAAGAAUCAGCACAACACAUCCUUUCCGGACUGCAUUACCGAACGGACACUUCUUCGAGCCGCAUGAUAAGACGAACAAGGCACUCCAAGUGCCGCCCCGACACGAGAAUAAGCUCUUCGAAGCUGAGGCUGCUGUGCUCGAACACAAGCAAACAGGCAUGAUUUUUGAGCUGAAUGGGCUGCGAGAUGAGAUCCGGCUCAGCUUCAUGCGGAGAGUCACGCUGCUGGAACAUCGCCGAUUAGCUCGUCUUUCGGGAAAAGGAUAUGGUCGAGGCACAAGCGAUACUGGGCCCAGAGUGAUCGCUGCUUGGACGAAUCUGAAAGACAACCGAGACUUCAAUGCCACUUUCAACUUUGGCUUCAACGUGGAGAAAGCUCUUCAAGGCAACGAGACGCGAAGUGCUGAUUCUGAACAUGUUGGCAUGUUGCCCGGGCGAGUGUGGCUAGUGUACAACCUGGCGAUGGAUCAGGCCCACUCCCUCGCCUCGAAACAGAUCCCACUCAUCACAGACAGCCUCGUCGACACUCUCCAAACCGCUCUCGACGACGAAAAAGCCACGGCACAACUCACACAAGCCGAACGUCUAUCAGCCCACGCCGUCUGCACCCUCCUUCCCAUUCUCGACGCCAUCAAAGCCUCGAAGCCGCCCACCAAAGACGACAUCGACCUCCUCACCCUUCAAAUCGAAAAACUCAACAUCUCCACCCUCUGCGCCUCCCACGACCCCCUAGCUCAAACUCUCCACGCAUGCUACGUCUACAUCGACUUCCUCCUCAUUAUCGUCCGAACCUGCAACAAUCUCGCCUCUGGAACUGUACUUCCCGAAAUCACCACCUUGCACGCCAUGUCUUUCGCACAUGUCCGAAAACUGCAAGAAUACGCGACGAAAAUUUCCGCACAAGCAAAGUCGAAGCACAGCUCCAACGCAUUAAUUGCAUUGAAAGAAAACGAGACAAUCAUGUUGUUUGGAGAGAAAGCUUUGGACGACUUUGCUCAGAGAGUCGCGGCGAGUGCAAAGGAUGGAUGGGAUGGUAUUGGCAAGAUUGUCAUGCCAGAGAGUUGACUCGUGAAAAUUUUACCUCUGGUGGUAGUGGUCAUCACCAUCAUGUCAGCAUUGUUGGUGUUGUCGAAGUACACCACCUCCCCAAGUCCUAUUCGCUUCCGGUAAGAGUGAGAUAAGAUCGUGAAAAAGAGUCCAAUUUGUCGAAUACGUAGAUGGAUAUAUCGGGAUUCUUUAUAGAAGAAAACAACCAAACAAACAAACGCCCAGCUCGUCGCAGAGAUCCUACCUAAGCUUAGUUUUUUUUCUCUCAGUAUACUUCACUUCACAUUGCCUACCUGGUACUUUCU